AUGCUUUCUCGUUGGUUCGUAUCAUUUGCAUGCAUCGAUCGUUAUGCACUAAGUUCAGAUAAUGUUCGUCUGCGACGAUUAGGAAAUACUCGAACUGCGUAUCGUAUUAUAAUUGUCAUUACUAUCGUCUGGACGAUUAUAUGCUCACAUAGGCUCAUAUUUUAUGAAAUAAAAGGAAAUGUAUGUGGUAUUUUAACAAAUACUGGUGCAGCAAUGUAUCAUGCUCUCUAUGUUAUUAUUGGUGGUUUCAUUCUUCCAACGGCGAUUAUGAUUGCUUGUACUGUUCUUAUUCAGCGUAAUCUCGCUCGUAAACGACGAACAAGAAAUCAACUGGUACAUGUUGUGAGUACAACAGAACGUGAACGCAAACAGCAAUCAUUCGAUCGACAAAUGCUUCGACUCUUAUUCAUACAAAUUGUCAGUUAUAUUAUACUAUCAUUACCUCAAAUGAUUAAUUUGGUGUAUAAUACUAUUGCAACUACUUUUCCCAACAAAUCAGCUGAUGACUUGGCUAUUGAAGGAUUUGUUGCUUUUAUGGCUGAGUUAAUGCUCUACGUAUUUCCUGUUUCGUCAUUUUAUUUAUAUACACUAACAUCACGUACUUUUCGUACUGAAUUAAUCAAGCUUUUUCGUUCAAUAUCGAAUUGUUGGCGACAACGUCUGAAUAAUCAAAUCAAUCCGACGAUAGGUGCAACUACCAUCAUUCCUUACACCGUAUAUCGACAACCAAUGGUACGUAUAUGUGAAACAUUAAUUGUUCGGCAGAUGAGAAACGACUUGAAUGCGGAUGACAAUCGAAUUCCAGUCCAUUAA